UAUUCUAUUACUAAUUUGAAAUUACAUAACAUAUUUCGGUAUAACUGAAAUCAAAACAAUGAAGAUGGUUUUAUUCCAAACGCGUAGAAAAAAGGGUGGGUCGUCCUUGGACACAGUCUUAGAUUCUAAAUUCCCCCGUUGAUUGUGAGAAAGACUUCAUUGACUUAGAAACUCUAGGAAAAAAGAUAAGGUAUAUGAGAUUAUGAUCAAGAGCUUCACUGUUUACUUUGCAAACAACACAGCAAACUCCAAUCUCUGAGUAUUCUAGCAUUGCACCUUCAAAUUUUGCAAUCAUGGCUGAGGCUGUUGUCACUGUUUUGCUGGAGAAAUUGAGCUCUCUCUUUCAAAAGGAACUUGGAUCAAUCACUGGCGUGGAUGAAGAACUGAAGAAACUUUCUAGCACUUUCACUGCCAUCCACGCUGUGCUUGCUGAUGCUGAGAUGAAGCAGUUUACUGAUUUGGCAAUCAAAGACUGGCUGCGCAAGGUGGAAGAUGUUGCUCUGCUGUUGGAUGACAUCCUUGACGAGUUCUCCACACAUGAUCUUCAAAAUCAGAAUCAGCAACAAAAGGGUGGCUGGUUUAACAAGAUACACGCUGCUUGCCAUUCUUCUUUCGGUCUGAAAAAUGCCAUGUUUCGUAGAAGAAUGGCUAAUAAGAUGAAAAGGAUGAGGGAGACGUUACAAAACAUUGCUGAAGAGAGGAAGAUGUUUCAUCUGUGUGAGAGAAUUGCAACCACUGACAAGAAAGCUGAGUUGAUGGAGUGGCGCCAAACCUCCUCUGUUAUCACUCAACCUGAAAUCUAUGGAAGAGAGGAAGAUAAGGAACGUGUUGUGCAAGCUUUGAUUCAGACUUGUGAUACUGAGCGUGCCGCGGUGCAUACUAUAGUUGGUCUUGGUGGUCUCGGAAAAACAACACUUGCUCAGCUGGUCUUCAAUGAUGACAGGAUAACCAUGCAUUUUGACUUGAAGAUUUGGGUUUGUGUCUCUGAGGACUUCAGUCUCAAGAGAAUGAUCAAGGCUAUUUUGGAUUCGGCUUCAGUGAGUGUUAGCGGCAAUUUGGAUAUAGAUCCACUUCAGAAAAAACUUCAACAAGCACUUCAAGGCAAACGAUAUUUACUUGUUCUGGACGACAUCUGGAGUGAAGAUCAAGAGAAGUGGGACAGAUUGAAGAAUUCACUUGUUGCAUGUGGUUCAAAGGUGGGGUCUUCAAUUCUUGUUACUACUCGUCUCACAAAGGUUGCAUCUAUUAUGGGUACGCUUCCUCCUCAUGACUUGUCUUUUCUGUCGGAUGAAGAUUGUUGGUCAUUGUUCAAACAACGGGCUUUCGGAUUAGAUGAAGGGGAAAACGUGGAGCUUGUUGCCAUAGGGAAAGAGAUUGUGAAAAAGUGUAAAGGGCUACCUCUUGCAGCAAAAUCUCUCGGAGGCCUUCUGAGGUUUAAAAGAGAAGAGAGAGAAUGGCUAUAUGUCAAGGACAAUGAGAUUUGGAAUUUGCCACAAGAUGAAAACUCUAUCUUACCUGCUCUGAGAUUAAGCUACUUGAACUUGCCAUUAAAAUCAAGGCAGUGUUUUUCUUUUUGUGCUAUUUUCCCUAAAGAUGCUUGGAUUGAAAAGGAUGAACUUGUUCAUCUCUGGAUGGCAAAUGGCUUUGUCUCAUCUGAAGGAACAAUGACAGUUGAAGAUGUAGCUGAGGAGAUAAUUAGUGAACUAUGCUGGGCAUCAUUUUUUCAAGACAUUGAAAAAGAUUAUCUUGGCAAAGUUAGGUGCUUCAAAAUACAUGAUCUACUUCAUGACCUCGCUCAAUAUGUUAUGGGUGAUUUGUGUUGCAUUGUAAAUGAUGAGAUGCCCAUUGAACAUCCAAAAAGAAUUCGCCAUCUCACGAUGGGGCCAUGUGCUCGGAACCAAAUCAUUUCUGCUUGCACAUUUAGAUCCUUAAGGACAUUUCACUUCCGACAGACAAAUUGUGCUUUGGCUUCAACGAAGAUAUUGGGACCACUUGAAUCUUUGCGAGCACUUGAUUUGGGGUAUGUAAAUGUAUUAAAUAUGUUGCAUUUCUCACUAAUUACUCACUUCAAACAUCUAAGGUAUCUAAAUCUUAGUGGGACUUCAAUUCAAACACUUACGGAGUCCACAAGUAGCCUAUGCAAUUUGCAGGUUUUGAAUCUCAGUUAUUGUCGAAGCCUCCGGCGGUUGCCCCGCCAUCUGAAAUACCUAAAAGCUCUUCGACAUCUCUACUUAAGGGGGUGCAGUUCGUUGGUUUACAUGCCUAAUGAGAUUGGCCAGUUGAAUUCUUUGAGAACCUUGAAUAUUUACAUAGUAGGUAAGAAGAAAGGGCUAAGGUUAGAUGAAUUAGCACAAUUAUGCCUCAGAGGGGAACUCCACAUUAAGAACCUGGAAAGAGUAACAAAUGCAGCAGAUGCCAAGGAAGCCAAUUUAAUGGGUAAGCAGCUAGACGUGUUGAAAUUGUCAUGGGGAAGAAAUGAACAAUCUAAGUUGCUGCAAAAUGUUGAUCAGAUUCUCGAAGCCCUGGAACCUCAUCCAAAGCUCAUAGAUUUAGGGGUGGGAGGAUACCAAGGUAUGUAUUUCCCACAAUGGAUGGGCAAUCCUCACUUGAAGAAUUUGUGUUCCAUAAAACUUGUGGAUUGCUGGUAUAGUCAACAACUCCCCCUACUGGGGAGAUUACCAUCUCUAAAAAUACUUGCAAUAUGUUGUAUGCAUAAUUUGAGAUAUGUUGAUGAUGAAUCUUAUGAUGGGGGAGUAGCCAGAGGAUUCCAGUCUCUAAUGUGUUUGGAAUUGUGUUGCAUGCCAAACUUGGAAGGGUUAUCAAAAGAGGAAGGAGGUGACAUGUUCCCAGGUCUUUCCAAAAUGAAUGUUAUUGCAUGUCCAAGAUUGACAUUCCCUGCCCUUCCAUCUGUUAGAAAAUUAUGUAUAGCAAAAGGACGGAGGAGAUCUGGUCAUGAUUUAUUCUCUAGAGAGAUCUUAUUAUCUCAAUGCCCUUCUACAACAAGGAGCCCCAACCAAGUUCAGAUGGAUUCAAUUCAUAGUCUCAGUUGUCUCGAAAUCCUUGAAAUUCAUGAUGAGCAAGAGUUGGCUUCGUUUCCAAAGGGGACCCUUCAAGGUCUAUGUCACCUCAGACAACUCCAUAUUCAUCACCAGAGCAAAAUGGAAGUACUUCCACUUGAACUAGCUAACAACGCUGCCCUUCAAGAAUUGCAUAUAAUUGGAUGCCACAACUUGGAGUCAUUAACAGAUCAAGUGUUAACUGGGUUACAGUCGCUCCAAAAACUAAAAAUUUUCAAAUGUGAUAAAUUCAAAGGCUUAUCCACAGGUUUUCAAAGUCUUAGUUCCCUCAAGGAUCUAAUCAUUUCCUUCUGUCCACAAAUGGUAGCAUUAGCAGAAGAUUUACAACACAUGCCCCCCAUGUUGCAAUCAAUAACUCUUCAUGAGCUCAAAAAUCUAGAAUGUUUACCUUAUUGUUGGGGUAGUACCAUGACUCUUCAGUCACUAUACAUAGCCUGUUGCCCCAAGUUGAAGUCUCUUCCAAUAAGCGUUGGAUGGUUCAAUGGUCUAAACAGUUUGACAGUUGUACAUUGUCCUAGCAUACAGAAACAAUUCGAGAAGGAAACAGGGAAGGAUUGGAAAUGGAUUAAGCACAUUCCAAAUGUUGAUCUUGGAGAAAAUUGUUGGGUGAUUCCCACUAUAGCAGCGAGUUACCCAGAUCUGACUUUCUCUAAUUGGGAAGGAAUCUGAUGGACUGAAGUGUGGCCAUUUGAAGAAAUGUAAACUUGGCUUAGAAAGGUGAAAGCAUGGCUUAGAACUUCUAUGUUGCUCCUAUUGAUGGCUAUGUGUUUUGAUCAGAAUUCUUACUAUGUUUUUUUUAAGCAAUUACAAUUUUAUGACAGGUUUGCUCCCCCAAACCAGUGAGCAAACUAUGCAGUUUGUGUUGGAUGUUUUUGUAACUAUACAUGUUAUACUACCAAUAUUUCACAUAAAUUUAAA